CCCAGGCCCCCAGCCCCCCAGCCCCUCUCCUCCUUCCUCCCCUUCCCCCGCGUCCUCCGGCUCCUCUCCGAUCCCUACCCUCCGGCCUCCAUUCAUUCUGCCGGCUCCCUCCCUCUCCCCCUUGGCGCCCGGGCCUCUCCCCAGAGCCUUCCUGCGCAGACCCCGCUACAGUCCCGGGGUUCCGAGCACGUUCAUGGAAGUUUAGGGCCCGGACGGUGGCCCCGGGUCCGGCCUGAGAGCGCAGCGGGAGCUGCUGGCGGGGAAGAGGAAGAUGUCGGUACUCAGGCGGAUGAUGCGGGUCUCCAAUCGCUCCCUCCUCGCCUUCAUCUUCUUCUUCUCCCUCUCCUCGUCCUGUCUCUACUUCAUCUACGUGGCUCCGGGCAUUGCCAACACGUAUCUCUUUAUGGUACAAGCUCGAGGUAUAAUGUUGAGAGAAAAUGUGAAAACAAUAGGACAUAUGAUCAGGCUGUACACAAAUAAAAACACUACCCUCAACGGUACAGAUUAUCCUGAAGGCAAUAAUUCAAGUGAUUAUCUUGUUCAAACAACAACGUAUCUUCCGGAAAACUUCACAUAUUCACCAUACCUCCCAUGCCCAGAAAAACUGCCUUACAUGCGGGGAUUUCUCAAUGUCAAUGUAAGUGAAGUCAGUUUUGAUGAAAUUCAUCAACUCUUCUCCAAGGAUUUAGAUAUUGAGCCAGGAGGUCACUGGAGGCCUAAAGAUUGUAAACCCAGAUGGAAGGUGGCAGUUCUCAUUCCUUUUCGUAAUCGCCAUGAACAUCUUCCAAUUUUUUUCUUGCACCUGAUUCCCAUGCUCCAGAAACAGCGCCUGGAAUUUGCCUUUUAUGUCAUUGAACAGACUGGCACACAGCCUUUUAACCGUGCGAUGCUCUUCAAUGUGGGCUUCAAAGAGGCCAUGAAAGACAAUGGCUGGGACUGUGUCAUCUUCCACGAUGUGGAUCAUCUACCAGAAAAUGAUCGCAACUAUUACGGAUGUGGAGAAAUGCCCCGUCAUUUUGCUGCAAAGCUGGAUAAAUACAUGUAUAUUCUUCCAUACAAAGAGUUUUUUGGUGGUGUAAGUGGACUGACAGUGGAACAAUUUAGAAAGAUCAAUGGUUUUCCUAAUGCCUUCUGGGGAUGGGGAGGAGAAGAUGACGAUCUUUGGAACAGAGUUCACUAUGCUGGAUAUAAUGUAACCCGACCAGAGGGAGACUUGGGAAAGUACAAGUCUAUUCCUCAUCACCAUCGAGGGGAAGUCCAAUUUUUAGGACGGUAUAAAUUACUAAGGUAUUCUAAAGAGCGUCAGUACAUCGAUGGGCUGAACAAUUUAAUAUAUUCACCAAAAAUUCUGGUUGAUAGAUUGUAUACGAAUAUAACUGUAAACCUCAUGCCAGAGUUAGCUCCAAUAGAAGACUAUUAGAAGUAGCCCCCAGGGCCAGACAGACUACAAUGCUGGACUGUAAACCUGCAGUGGACUCUGAAUGGAGGCUGGUGGCUGGAUGUGGCAGUGUCCUGUUCUCUGGGAAGAGCCCAGUCCUCAGUGUUUACAGCCUGGACUUGCUGUGGUCACCUUCUCCCACCCUUCCUCUCCACUCCUCUCCCCUCCUCCCUCCUAGGGGUGCACCCCCCACGGCGAGCACUGCAAAAACCAGAAGCCUUUGCUUGAGUUGGAAGUUGAGAGCUCCCUACAAGAAGAUUUUUAUACUAAAAUCUAUAAUUUAAGAGAAUGCUUUUAUUUCCGUUUAAACAUUUUGUACAUAUGUGAUAUAAAUUAACGUGUUCAAAUUGUUGAAAAUAAGAUGUGCCGCAGUUUGCAUGUAAUUGGUUAUGCCUUUAUUGGACUUUUAUAGAUGUUUUUUAAUUGCAUGAAAACAUGAAAUUUAUGUCACUAAACAAAGGUUAACCCUUGUGUGAAAAUGAAGGCGCUGUCAGGAAUUGAUGGCCAAUUAAUACAGUCAACUUAUCCUAGUUUUGAGCUUUAGCCCUUCUGCCUCUCAUGUGGAAGAAGGCACGCUUUCUUAGGGCUUUCAAGGGAAAGAAGGAAAGGACUUGAAGCUUUCCUUCCUACCAGGAUUACCUAAUUUUUUCCUUGCUUGCAAUCUCAUCAGAUUUUGCUGAAUCACAACCAUAUCAUUUAUGCAUAUUGCAUGAGUAUUACCAAGAAAAUCUUACAAGUUGUCAUGUGACAUGAUAGAAAGGACCUGUGUGUGUUAAGUGUCUCAUGUACCUCUGCUGCCAUGUCAGGGAUUUUGUGCUUCAAAUGUCCCCAAGGUCAUAUGUUUAUGUACUUUUUUUUUUUUUUUAACAAUUCAUAGUGAACAACAUUUUCAUUAUUUUCAGUUCAGGAGAGCCAAAAUAUUUUUUCUUCCAAAAGAAUAAGCUAGGGAAAACCCCAUAGUACGUAUAAUAUACAAAUAUUCUAUUAGAUAAGAAAUUAAAUGUUAUAUUUUUAUGACAAAUGCCUAGUAAUAAAACAUUUUAAGUUUAUCGAUUUACAGAAUUUCACUUUUGGAAGGGACCCUUUAACAUCAGUCAGUUUCAUUCAAAUUAUAUAUUUUUUCACUUUUAAUGAAUGUUUAGUGAGGAAAUCUUAACACCAGAGAUUACUUAAUAGAAUUAUCUUGAAUACAUUAGUUAUUUAAGCGCAUUAGUAUAACACAUCUGAAAACAAGUCUUAAUACUUGAUAUCAAGUAUAGUUAUCAGAAGUAUUAAGAUGUCACAAAUUAAACAAAUUUGUCUCUGAGGUGACUCUUCAGCAAUAAUGAAUCAUAGAAAUCUAUAAAAUGUUUGGAUAACAUUUGCCUCAUGGACAUUUCACAGAAAUAUGGUUAUUUAUCUCAUGUUCUAGGCUUAAUUUUGAAGUUAUCAUUUUCUAUGGUAAUUCUGUUAAUAAAAAAUGACCACAAACCAAAUAAUUGAAAUUCCUAUACUUUGAGAAAACUGAUAGCUUAUCUGUUAAUGUACCAAACAGAAUUUUUCCAUACUUAUUAGAAACACUUCAAAAAUUUAAUUUUCAAAGUUGAAAAUUGAAGUAAUGAAAAAAAUCAAACUUUCUGAAAAUGAAGUUAUUUGCAUUUAAUUUGUUCAUUUUCUUUCUCAUCACCAAUGUAGUUCUUUAAUUGGAUGGAAAAAAGAUCAGGAAUGUUAACAUUUGUUGGCCACUAACAGAGUAGGAGAGUGGAGCAUUAUUAGCCCAAUAAAACUUAAGAUUUCAGUGGUGGGGAAAUCAGGAUUUUUUCUGAAUUAUGUUAGGGAAGUAAGUUCUCUCAUUUCAUGUGGAGCUGUCCACUUUUGGUAUUGUUUUCAUUUUAAUAUACAUUUUACAGUUUUAGGAGAACUCAGCACUAGGAGUAUCUACUUUUUGGGGGGAAAAUCUGACUAGUUUUUAAGAACAGGAUAUCAAUAUUGUUUCUUUCCUCAGUUUCAAAUAGAGUAUAUCAUCCUGUGAAAACCACCUCACCAGUGUGGUUUUUAAUUUCGCUUUUUAAGUGCAAACUUGAAAUUUUUGCUUAUAAACAGUGACCUUUAUGCGUUUCCAUAAGAGUGACAGAGCUUUACCCAGUUAUCUUCAUUGUAUGACAAUAAAUCUACCCCAUAAAGAUUAACAAAUGCAUUAUAGGUGCAAACCAUCAUUAUGGUAUGCUUGCUGGGUUUAAUUAUGAUGAUGUAUUGAUCAUCUCCUCUGUCAGGUACAGUGCUAGGUAUGACUAUUGGAAAAUAUAAUUUCAUUCCUCAAAAAGUCAAGCAAGUAAAGCCCUUCUGCAAUUAUGAAGACAUCCUCUGGUAACUUGAUAAAUUUCUCCGUGUCAAAGUCAAGAAACCAUUAUCUGUUGACUUGGAGCUAUUAGGUCCCUGUGGUACUAGGAACAAGAUUAUUUAGUGCCUUUCAGCUAGUGAAAUGAUGAUUGAUGGGUCUGUUAGAAAAAAGGGGAGAAGUGCACACAUCAGCUGUAAGGUAUAUCUAGUUCACAGUGGUGGUAGGCAUUUGGGACUUUGGAUUUAAUUCUAGAACUUGAUAACUGAGUUUGCAUUUUAUAAAGAGGUGGUUAGUAAGAAAUAUUUACCUUAUUAUAUAAACACAAAACUAUGUAUUAAAACCGUCUUUCCCAGCCAAGAUACUCAUUUUAGUACAAAAUGGGAAAAUAUCCAAUACAGUGUCUCCUUUUGGAGGCUUCCUACAAGUGAAAGCGGAUUUGUGUCCCUUGAUUUGACCUUUGCUUGUCAGUUUCUUUGUGUACUUUUCCAAUAAAUAGUACUCUAGAUUUAUUGCCUUGGAUUUGCAAAUAUGCCAAUUGAGAUAACGACAAUGGUCAUAGUGUUUCAGAAAGAAGUGUACUUAAGAUUUUAUUUAUUAAAUGAGAGGCUUCUACAUAAAUGCACUGAAAUAAAUGCUAGUAAUUUCUUGUA